GGCUGAGAAAACAGAGGUACUCAGUGAAGACCUGUUGCAGAUCGAGAGACGCCUUGACACUGUGAGGUCUGUUUGCCACAUUGCACAGAAGCGGUUAAUUGCCUGUUUUCAGGGCCAGCAUGGUACAGAUCCUGAUAAAAGACAUAAGAAACUUCCUCUGACAGCUCUUGCUCAAAACAUGCAAGAAGGCUCUGUCCAGCUAAGUGAUGAAACUCUGCUGGGGAAAAUGCUAGAUACAUGUGGUGAUGCAGAGAACAAACUGGCAAUGGAGCUCUCUCAGCAUGAAGUACAGAUCGAGAAAGAAGUCUUAGACCCACUGUAUCUGCUGACAGAGACAGAGAUCCCGAACAUUCAGAAACAGAGGAAACAGCUCGCAAAGCUGGUAUUGGACUGGGAUUCUGCAAGAGGCAGGUAUAACCAAGCCCACAAGACUUCAGGAACAAAUUUUCAAGUGCAUCCUUCGAAAAUAGAAUCACUAAAGGAAGAGAUGGAUGAAGCUGGAAAUAAAGUAGAACAAUGCAAGGAUCAACUAGCAGCAGACAUGUAUAACUUUGUGUCCAAAGAAGGGGAAUAUGCCAGAUGUUUUGUUAUGUUAUUAGAAGCACAAGCAGAUUACCAUAGAAAAGCAUUAGCAGUCAUAGAAAAGGUCCUACCUGAAAUUCAAGCCCAUCAAGACAAAUGGACUGAAAAACCAGCUUUUGGAACUCCAUUAGAAGAGCAUCUGAAGCGCAGUGGUCGUGAAAUUGCAGUCCCCAUUGAAGCCUGUGUAAUGAUGCUUUUGGAAACGGGAAUGAGAGAGGAGGGCUUAUUCAGAAUUGCUGCUGGAGCCUCCAAGUUAAAAAAGCUGAAAGCUGCCUUGGACUGUUCAACUUCCCAGCUUGACGAGUUCUAUUCUGAUCCCCAUGCUGUUGCAGGUGCCUUGAAAUCCUAUCUGCGAGAGUUGCCAGAACCUUUAAUGACGUACAGUCUGUAUGAAGAAUGGACACAAGCUGCAAAUAUUCAGGACCAGGAUAAGAAGCUGCAGGAGUUAUGGAGAAUUUGUAACAGAUUACCGAAGCAUUACCAUGCGAACUUCAGGUAUUUAAUCAAAUUCUUAGCAAAGCUUGCACAGAACAGUGAUGUUAACAAAAUGACACCCAGUAACGUCGCCAUAGUCUUGGGCCCCAACUUGUUAUGGGCAAAGAAUGAAGGAUCCCUUGCUGAAAUGGCAGCAGCAACUUCAGUCCAUGUGGUAGCAGUUAUUGAGCCAAUUAUUCAGCAUGCAGACUGGUUCUUCCCUGGAGAUCAAGAUUUCAAUGUAUCUGGGGCAUUUGGCAAUUCAAAUCACUUGUCACACACUGGGAAUGAAUAUGAAUCUGGGACACUGGAACGGAAGAGGCCUGUUAGCAUGACUGUAAUGGAAGGGGAUUUAUUGAAGAAGGAAAGUACCUCAAAAUCGAAGGACAACACAUCUGCAGCUACUCCUCCACCCGUGAGGAACGGCGGGCAUGCUGGAAGCAGCACUAAUCAGCUUCCUGUCAAUCAGCCACAGAACGCGGCAGGUCCCAGUCCCCAUCUCAUGAGGAGAAGUGUCUCUGCCGCCGCUGCUCAGCCACCUUCUGUCUCUCCAAAGCCACCUGCCAGAAGCUCUUCUCCUCCUGCUCAACAUGCAAACCAAGGAGCAGCCCAGACCUCCGCUUCCCAGGUCUCUGCACCUCGGAGAUACUCCAGCAGCCUUUCCCCCAUCCAGGCUCCCAGCCACCCACCACCACAGCCCCCAACACAGGCUACUCCUCCGCUGCAGCCCAAAUCUAACAGUCAAGCAUCUCCUCCCGCUGCACCCAGCAGUGAGCACGGACCAGAGCAGCCCUGCUACACUCCUCCGCAGACUCCGACACCGCCCGAUACACCCCCUCUAGGAAAACACAAUAGCAGUUCUCCAUCAGCACAGCCACAGCCAGCUGCUCCAGAAACCUCCCAGUCUCCCUCUCUACCUCAGAGUGGUACACUGCCGAGGCCACGGCCAGUACCGAAACCCAGAAACAGACCCAGUGUCCCCCCUCCUCCUCAUCCUCCUUCUCAGCUGGCUGGAGAUGGUAUUAUUGCAAAUCCCACACAAACAGCUUCCAAAAUUGUAACAGACUCCAAUCCCAGUACCCAAGAACCACUUCAACCCCCUUCUUCAGAGCCUCUCCCGGAGACAGCGAGCAAAGAGCUGCACAACCACCUCGUGCUUGAUAUUGACAAUGAUACAGAAAGCACUGCUCUGUAG